AUGGCCAAAUUCUUACUAUUUCUUUUUUCUUUUGUCUCUCUUUUACAACUGUCUCUUCAGCAAGGCCCAGAAUGUAGCGCGACGCAACUUUGUCCCAUCGGAUGCUGUUCCAAGUCCGGAUAUUGUGGCACUGGACCUGACUUCUGCGGUACCGGGUGUCUAAGUACUUGCGACUUCAAGGCCGACUGCAACCCAGGAUGGGACAGUUCAAAAUGGAGCAAGGCUGAGACAUGCCCUCUCAAUGUCUGCUGCAGCAAGUUUGGAUUCUGUGGCACGACGAAGGACUUCUGCGGUGACAAAACUGUCAAGCGGCCAUCAUGCAACGUCGGCGAUACUCCCAUCACUCGUGUGAUUGGCUACUACGAGGCUUGGUCUACAACGAACCGCCCCUGCUACGGCAUGCUGCCUGAGGAGGUUCCAUUUGGAUACUACACCGACAUCAUCUUUUCCUUCGCCACAAUCGACCCAAAAACCUUUGAGAUACAGGCCGGCGAUUCUAAGACAGCGCAGUUCAUGCAGCGGAUUAACGCCAUCAAGCUCAUCCAGCCAGACAUCAAGAUCUGGAUUGCGGUGGGCGGAUGGGCCUUUAACGAUCCCGGUCCGACGCAGACCACCUUUAGUGACAUGGCUGCUUCAACUUCUGCCACUAAAAGUUUCAUCGACUCUCUGAUCAAGAUGAUGAACAAGUACGACUUUGACGGUAUCGACGUUGAUUGGGAAUAUCCAGUUGCUGAAGACCGUUUCGGUAAAGGCGCAGACUUCAAGAACUUCGUGACCUUCAUGAAGACGCUCGCUGAAAGGAUGCGUGGGGGUGACCAAAAGAAGGCCGUGUCACUCACGCUCCCAUCCAGCUUUUGGUACCUGCAACACUUUGAUAUCAAGAACCUCGAAAAGCACGUCGACUGGUUCAACAUCAUGAGCUACGACAUUCACGGGUCCUGGGACAUUGACAACAAGUGGACCGGCCCCUACGCCAACUCCCACACCAACAUGACGGAGAUCCAAGACGCGCUUGACCUGCUUUGGCGCAACGACAUCAAGCCCGAGAAGGUCACCUUUGGAAUGUCCUUUUACAGCCGAAGCUUCACGCUCCAAAAUGCAGGCUGCAACACUCCCGGUUGCGUUGUAAGCUCCGGUGGAAACGCGGGCGAGUGCUCGGGCACGACCGGUGUGCUGCUACACCCCGAGAUUGCGGACAUUGUUAGCAAGCAAAAACUCACGCCCACGCUUCAUCGCGAUGCCGCCGUCAAAUCCGUGACAUGGGGCGACCAGUGGACGACUUUCGACGACUUGGCCACGUGGAGGCUUAAAGCAAACGUAAUACGCGGCCAGUGUAUCCCGGGAGUCAUGGUCUGGGCCAUGAGCCAGGACGACAAGGACGGAACCAACAUCAAGGCCCUCACGUCCGCAGUCGGCCGCAAACAAAUGGACCCGCCAAAGUUCGUUCCCGCCCUGCCCUCAACACAAGAGCCGCCCAAGGUCGCCGAGCUGUGCCGGUGGUCGGGCUGUUACCAGGACUGUCCGGCCGGCUUCAAGACGGUGCAGCGCGAAGGCCACAAGGAGAUCAUGCUCAACAGCGAGAACUGUCUCGCCGGCGGCAUGGACAAGUUGUGCUGCCCUUCCGACCAGCCGAUGCCCACCUGUCAAUGGCGCGGCCACAGGAACAGCGGUGUUUGCAAGCCCGGGUGCAAUGAGGGCGAGGUCAAGGUCGGCUCGUUGCGCGUUGGCUGCAACUUCUCGCACCAGGCCGCGUGCUGCACCAGCGAAGCUUCCACCUCCGCCUACGGGUCGUGCAAGUGGGUUGGAGAGGCGCCGACGUGCAACCAGGAUUGUCCCAGCGACUACCCGAACAAGAUCUUCUCGUCAAAGCUGGCAGCUGGAGGCGAGCAGCCGUGUAUAUCCGGGACGAAGCACUAUUGCUGUCAGGAACCCAAGCCGGCGGCGUUUUCCAAGUGCGAUUGGCACAAGAAGGGGAGCCCGCCCAGGUUCGAACAGGAGUUCAUCUGCGAGGACAGCUGCCCCAGCGGCCAAAUCAAGCUGGCCACCGAGGUUGGCGGCAUGUAUGCCGACAACGGCUGCUUUGGCGGUGCCAGGGCGUACUGCUGCGAGCCUCCCAAGCCCAUCGUUCCCCGCGGUGACGACGAUCCCUUUGGAGGAAAGCAGAACAAGGAGUUCCAGCUGCUCCUCGAGAAGUACAUGGAGAACCCGACGUGCCCGGCCACGAUUCUGCGCCCGAAACUGGGCGACAUGUUCACCAACGUGAAACGUUCUCUCGAGUUCGAGGCCUCUCAGGCCCGGACCUUGCAAGGCAGAGCCACGAACUGCGAGAUGGAUCGUUAUGUGAGGAUGAUCGAGUUUGCCGUCAUUCUGCUCACCAAGUCAGAAGAUUUGAUUGGGUCUUUGCAACCUGUUUACGAUGAAAUCUUUGCCGGAGCCUUCGAUGAGGAUAUCACAGCGGAGAAGCUCCGGGAGCACUACAAACGCAACCCUGACCUCGACCCCAACGCUUUCAUGCAAUAUGUUUUCCUCAACCCCAAGGCUGCCGGCCCGGGACUUAGACGGGGCGCGCGGGCGUCUGAGCUGUUUUGCUGGCUACCAACUACGAGCAAACGCGAUGAGAACGCAUUGUCGGAGAUCCCCCGCCAUCCUUCCGCCGUUGCUAAACGAUGGGUUUGGUGGUUGCCCAACGAUGAGAACGGCACCCCCGACAUUUCCCUCAUCCUGGGCGGCAUUUUGGAUGGCGACCUGAGCCUGCACUAUGCGCGCUGGCAGAACCUCCCGAACCAGAAUGGCCCAAUGCUCGAGCUGGCUUACUGGAUCGGACGGACUCCCGGCGUGGCCGGAGGUAACGACAUGUACCGAGAUCCCUACAUGGCGAAUGGCGGCCCUGAAGACCGCUGGGUCGUGUUCCACAUGCACAUUGACGAGGGAACGCAGUGGCUGAGGACCAUCAACGGGCGCACCCACGUCGGGGUCCGAUCGGUCCAGGUCUUCCACGGUUACGAGUCCAACGUCCGGGGCGAUACGGCAUGGCGAGUGGAGAAUACGGACGGAGAACGGAACAGUCGAGAUGGUUUCACCUGUGAAGAGGACGAUGCCGUGUGGUACCCCGGAGCCGCCGUUCAACUCCCCACCGGCACCGGGACAGAAACGGACAAUGUCUUCUUGGACCGAUUCCAACGUUGGGGCCAGCGGCUGUUUAAUGACGGCUACAUGGGCUCCCGCGCGCUGGAGCUCCUAUUGAGUGGCUUCGCAACAAUGCCCAAUGGAGAUAUCGAUCCCGCCAUCCCGGGGAGAGUCCAGUGGAGAGGAGUACCGCAUCCAGCAUGGGGCCAGGAAAUGUACGCCGUCAACUUCCUGAUCCAAGCGGCUGGUUUCUUCUUUGGUAUACGGGAACCCUGA